AACGCCACUCACGUACCGUAUCAAAAACUUUGUUUGCGCUCGCCAUCUUGAAAUAACCUUGACUCGUAUAUUCCAGGGAGGAUCAGAGAUCUGAAUUGAAAAUAUCUGCGUUCGAAUCUCAAGAGUGCAUUUUUUGCUUACACGUCAGGGUAGUCAUUAUAUUUGAAAUAUUUUUUUUCUCCUGGGAUUUUCUUUCGAUUCAUCGUGCGGGAUUCUUGCUCCCGAAGCGGUCUUGGAGAAAUAAGAAAACAUGCCGACGGAACUGGAAGAACUCGUCGAGUUCCUACAUCACGGCAAUACGCAAAUACGUCAACUAGCUGCCGAGAACCUUGUGGGAUAUUCGACUGCUCAACCGGCGCUCUUUAAAAGCGGCCAAUUGACGCCAAUAAAGGAUCUCAAGCUAUUGGUCAAAGACUACACCCCCAUAGCAAAGAAUGCGCUGAUAAUGCUCAUCAAUCUGUCUGACGACCAAGAGGUCCUCAAGUUUCUGGCUACCGACGAUGAAUUCCUCGAGAGCCUAUUAUCGCGGAUAACAAACGCGAACGAGCCAAAUGCAAACGAGAUGUGCAUGCUGCUCGCCAACCUGGGAAAGCACGAAAGUUUGACCCGACUGCUGAAACUCGAGCGGGCGUUGCCGAAGACUAAGGGACUGUCUACGUCAAAGAACGCUUUGGACCAACUGAUGGACUGUUUCGUCAAGGGCGCGGACGGCUCGCUUAACAAGAACGCGGACUUUGACUACCUGUCCUACCUGUUCGCCGACGUCGCGAGCAAGCCGGAAGGCCGGGCGUACUUUGUGACGCCCAGAAAAGACGACGCCGACAUCAUCCCGCUGAGCAAGCUCACCGUCUUCACCGAGCACAAGUCCGACGUCCGGAGACGGGGGGUCGCUUCCACCAUCAAGAACGUGUGCUUCGACACGGACGCGCACGCCCGACUGAUGGCCUUCGACGGCGUCAACCUCCUCCCGUACAUACUGCUGCCCAUUAUGGGCUCGGAGGAGUACAGCGACGAGGACAUGGAGGGCAUGUUGGACGAUUUGCAGCUGCUGCCGCCGGACAAGACCCGGGAGAAGGACAUGGAGAUCUUGAAGACCCAUCUCGACACGAUCCUGCUACUGACGACGACGAGGGGUGGCAGGGACGUGCUCAGGAACAUAAAGCUGUAUCCAAUCAUCCGCGAAACACAUUUGCAUGUCGACGACGAGGGCGUUCGGGAAGGUUGCGAUAGGAUCGUGCAGGUCAUCGCUAGGGACGAGGCACCCGAGGGCGAGGAAGAAGCGAAGGCAAAGGAAGUGGAAGAGGAAAACGAAGACGAGAUGCUCGUGGAGGUAUGAUGUAAAUUUCUUACACAUGAACUAAACGAUUGCUGUACAGCAGAUAUUUGCAACAUGCACGAAACGAUCACGCUGAUGCAACUUGAGUGGUGAUCUUUCGCACCACA